AUGGAAAGUUUUCUUGUAGUUGUGUUUCUGAUCAUCAGCUGUGCAUCCCUUGCCUUCAGUGCUGGUCCUUGUAAGUAUGCUGUACUAGUAUAAGUAAUCAUUUUACUCCACGCUGAUUAAAAAAACACAAGAAUAAAUAUUCAAUCCGAAUUUGGUUUUAACCUAACCCACUCUCACUGCUAUUGCAAUAAAUUAAGGGACAAGAGCUUCUAAUUGAAAGAAUCUCACUUUUCAACAUUAAAAUAGUCAACUAAGAGACUUUAAGCAUCGCAUGCCCGGUUCAAACAUUGUAUUUCGCAUAUGCCGAACGUAUUGCUAACGAGGUAAAUCUAUUGUUCUCACUCUUUUGCAUCAGAUUCGGCUCAUGAGAAAUGCGACGUUUGAGCUGCACCUUAGUAAAACAAACCCCUUCAGAUUCUGGUGAAAAGCUACUUAUAAAAAAGAUCUACUUCGGUCAUUUCUUAAAAAUAACAGCAUUUGAAUAUAGUCAGACUUCAGUUGUAGAUUCAACCGAUUCCAACUGAAGCAAUCAAAGGUUUUUUAGAAUUUUCGAUAUAUUUUUUAAUUUGUUGACGCAUGAGCGCAUUGAGCCAAGAUAAAGAACUAAGGAAACAAGUAUGGCAUCCUUACAUCGUUCAACUCGGCAUUUAUUUGACGUCACGGAACUAGCUUCCGUAAGCGCGGUUUAUAAAAAGGGCUUGAUCGCCGGUUGUGUUGACUAGUCGUGAAUCAUUAUUGUCUGAACUCGAGUUUAAUUUCGUUCCCAAAAUUUUCGUUACCCUUGUCAAGCGGAACGGACUGAGAUUAUUAACUAUUGAUCGCUCCGAGGUCCGAAAUGUCUCACUUUCAAAACGAGGCUACGUGCGAAACCGUUCUUGUAAGAAAGAGUUUUCUUUGCAUAACCCUUUAAGUCCCAAUAUCCACAAACAAAUUCUCCAAACUGGUCUCCAAACAUUUCGUUAAAGAAUGAGUUGAGAGAAUUUGUUCAAAGAUCAAGGCAUUUUCUCUUUGGUAAUCAUUUUGUCAAUUCUCAUAACCUUAUCUCUUGACAAUGUACUGAUGUUGUGAGGAGAAAAUUGAUGUUGGUCACUUUUGGGACUUAAAGGGAUAAGGAAAGUAGAGGGUUGGGGCAACUCGAAAAUUACCUAUUAAUCAGACGUUCUUGUCUUCUUUUUCUUUACUAGCCUGGAGCUAUGAAGGAGAUACUGGUAAGAGUUUCUUUAUUACCUUUUAAUGGAUUAUUAGAUUACAUUCGGCAUUUCUUAUGUAACUCAGGCUCCCAAGUGGAGCGGGAAGAAAUAGACGCGAGCCGAGCGUGACCUGGGAAAGAAAAAAAGCGGGUUAGGUGCCUUUUUUCUCCCCUCUUUCCCGCCCCGCUCCACUUGAGAGCUUGUUCGGAGGCUAAUGUAACUACUUAAGACAAGGCUAUAAACAUUUUUCUCCGGGUUUUGGAUCAAAUCACUAUACAAACUGGAGCUUAGAAGAGACUCCAUUUACGCUAGCAUUUCGCUUAAGUCACGUUUAAUCAGUUCUCAACAUUAGCAAAUAACAUUGCACUGUCACCGUCUGACGUCACAGUCAGCAAAGACCAAAGGAACAGUAGUCAUUAUCGAUUUCAGCACUGCAAUUUGCCAUAUAAUUUAUUUUUAUUAGUUUAUUUUUCAAGAGCUAUAAAUACCCUCAAAUACUUUUGUACGUUCCAGGCCCUAAUCAUUGGAAGGGGGUCUGCGAGACUGGAAAAAGGCAAUCUCCAAUCGACAUCAAAAGUAGUGACGCUGUUUAUAACGCCUUGGGUAAAUUUGACUUAAAGAAUUACGACAAAAAAUUAGACCUCAACUUCACCGUUGCAAACAAUGGACACGGCAUGGUAGUGUCAUUGGCUGGCGGUAAUUACACUGUAAGCGGAGGAGGUCUUGUCGGGAGCUAUAAAACCGUUCAAUUCCACCUCCACUGGGGACCAAAUAACGACGAGGGGUCGGAACACGUCGUGAACGGAACCGCUUAUCCAGCUGAGGUGAGAGGUGCACGCAAUUUUGUACCGUUUACAUGAGUAAGAAAACGUGGGCUCCGCUAGAAGACUAGAAGGGUGACCCGCCCUUUUUCGUUGGUAGGGUCACCCUCUUAGCCUCUCCAAUUUUGCUCCAUAUAACACUUCGGCUCGCCUAGCCGAGUCAAGGGGAGACAACCAGAGCAUGUGCGAACGCUGUCAACAGCUCUGCCCGAAAGGGGUAUCUUUGUUAGGCUUCAGGUACGAGUUUUACUAACUGAAAUAUAUGAAAGGGUAGGGAAAACUGUCAUUGCGGUCUGUGAAAAGACCUAACAGGACUAACAGGCGCAUUUUAUGGAUGUGAGAAAGACAAGAACACUUCCUGGUUUUCUGAUUGAUUCAUAUUUAACAGAAAGUGCAUUUACAGCAGUUUUGGGAUGCAAAGCUUUAACCUAGGUGUGUGAAAGGGGUACCACUGAUUUUUCAGUGGAAGGUAUAUCCGAAAUGGGAACCUUUUCUGUCAAAAAUGGUUUACAAAAGGGUGAGGGGUUGGACCUCGGUGGUGGAGCCUCCCCAUGAAAAAAAAAAGGGAGCUUUAGCAUCGACGACGGCAACGGCAGCGAAAACGUCAGUUUUAAAAUGAAUUCCCGUUUUUUCAAUCUUUGCCGCGUUAAUUCCAAUUUGCUGAAAAUGGCAAGUGUAGGCGAAUUUCCCUGGAGUUGAUUUCUUAAGGACCACACUCAAGUUUAGAGAGAGAAAAAGAGAUUCGUCGUCGCUUGUUUACGUCCUCCAUAAAACUUGCAAUUUGGCAUUUUCACGUCGUAGUCGUGCAAGGACGGUAAAGAAAUGUACAAAACAGCGUGAUGCACGUGCAAAGUUGUUGUUUUGCGUAACCUAUUGCUUUUCUGAUGUCCUCUUUACCGUCGUCGUUGCUAAAGCUCCCUAAAAACUCUCUUGAGUAUGCCCCCGGUUCACGUUUGCUAAACUUGCAUGUUUUUGUUCUUUCUGUUCAGAUGCACUUUGUAAGCUGCAAUACAAACUAUCCCAAUGUUACCGAAGCACUCAAAUAUCCAGAUGGUCUUGCCGUUCUUGGUGUCUUUAUCAAGGUAACAUUUUACUUUAAGAACCCAAACCCUAAUAUCAAAAAUGAGAUUCUCAUUUACUGUCCUUAUACUUUUUCAACAGAAGUAGAGGGGAGAAUUUGCUGAAAUAUCAAUUAGACCCUGAUCAUGUACUCAAUUCUCAUAACCACUCUGUUUUCUAAAGCAUUUCUUAAGCGUUAAUAUAAAAAGGAGAAAUUUUAUGCUGAUCACUCGUAGGGCUUAAAGGGUUAAAUGGUUUAUUAGGCACGACGAGGGGUCAUCAAGGCUACACAAAUUCAACCGGGAACAAUUUGUUUUGCGACGUGUCCACUCUGGAUUUUCUCACUGGGAGCCAAUCACUGCUAUUUUGAGCAUUUGCAUCCAAAAUUCUUUCGCUUAUUAGAACUCAGGUGAACAUGGACGGAAGGGUAUCAUUCAGAAAUGAAAUACUGAUGUCGUUCUAAGUAUUUACGGUUGUGUAAUCCAAUUACAGGUACAACUGUACUGCCCUUGUGCAGUCUGUGUAAGCUUCUCUUACAACAAUGACAUUUCUAGUAAAUUGCGGUGUUUGUGAACAAGAAAAUUUUGAUAGUGGAGUUGAUCUUCGGUGAUUAAACUUUUGCGGCAGUUAUUUCCCUUAUCUAUUUAUUUAUUUAUUGUGCCUAGCACGCAGAAGAUCGCAAAAAUCGUAAAAUUUAGAACGCGCCAAAGUAACUUGGCACAUGGUAGCAUUGGCACUUGGCACAUUUUUUUAUUACUGCACAUAGUUUUAUACCAGCUGUUUUUUCAUACUCAGCUGAUCUAUUUUUUGCAGUAUAAAUAAAGUAUUUGUUAUUCUUAUUAUUAAUCUAGAUAUUUUUGAAACCGCAUUUUUUCACACAAAUGGACCUUCCGUCCACACGAAACCAUUGAAUCCGCUCGCCAAAACCGUUUCGUUUUCAAAGCGAUCCCAAGAAAGGCUUAGGAACCCGUCCAUACGAAUCCGGGUAACAAAAUACGCUGUUUCCACAAUGUCUAGGGGGCCUGUUUCUCGAAAGGCACGGUAACUUUUCGGGCCCGAAAGCAAAUUUUAAAAUAAAAAGUUGUUGAAUGGUAGCACAGUUCAAGGCUCAAAAACCAGUCAAUUCAGCUUCGCUCACUGAUAGUUUUAUUGUAUCAUUUUCAAAAUUAUUGAAGCUUUGAUCGUGGAUGCAAACACGGGAAACACAAAACAGCUUUCCGGGCCCGCAAAUUUACCGGGACUUUCGAGAAACGGGCCCCAGGGUCGUGUGGACGGCGCCUAAAAGGUAAUGGCAGAGACUGCUACGCCGUCUACCUAGCCUUAGGAGGGGGUAGGGGCCUAAAGGAUGGCCAGCGGAUUAGCGGUAAUUACGUAACCACAGCGAAAGGGGCGGAAAAGUCUAACGUGUUACCAUUACUUGGACCAUGGUGCCUAAAGCAGGAAAUUGACUAUUAUCUUCUGAGCGAGAGAAUUUACCAUUCGCAAUUCCACAGGAUAUCGCCGUUUGUCACUUUUCAGCGAUUUUUUUCCCUUUACAUCUGUUUCAGGUUGAAGGAGAUGAUAACGAUGCGUGGUCGUUUUUGGACUUUGCCGCAAAUGUUACUAAAUGUAAGUUUCGCGUACUGCUGCAACCCAUGAAUGUUUCUCGAGAAAUUUACCUCAUCCCUAUUUCAGACCAACAAUAAUUUUGCCCGACAAUGUUUUAGACCUGAUCGCAUUAACCAAAACUCUUUACCCUAUUCCAGACUUCACCACGGCACUACGUACACUUAAGACAUCCCAAACUAAUAUUUGGUUCGCGUAAAAUUUUGGAAGCACUUCACAAUGCCGAUGUCACCCAAACUGCCCUUUAUCCUUCGCACUGUUCACAAGACAACCAUAUCCAUUGCCUCAUUUAAGGGAAUCUGGAUUCCGGAAUAUUAUUACUUGUGAAAUCUGGAAUACUGGAUUUUGGAAUCCGGAAUACAGCACAAGGAGUUCGGAAUCCAGAAUCCAAGUUCCACUGACAAAGACUAGAAUCCAGAUCCUGGAAUCCGUAAUCCUUAGUGUGGAAUCCAGGAUCCAAGACUGUCUUGGAUUCCUUUACAUGGAGCGAUAUCCAAUUAUUACACUCCUUGACUACACCCUGUCUAAAGAAAAAGAACCUUGCCCGAUUUCAAACCACAAGAGUUUGUACCUAUACUCAAUUUCAGUCAAAAAUUUGUGACCUAGUGUUUUUGAUCAAAUCUCUUCGUGUGAUUUGUUUUCACAGACAAAUCAUCUGUUGUUGUACCGGCCUCAGAUUUUGCAGUCUUUAACAAAAUGCUGCCAGCCUCGAAGAGCGACUACUACCGCUACAACGGCUCUCUUACCACCCCUACGUGCAAUGAGGUUGUCACCUGGACUGUUUUCAAGGAUGCUGUCAACAUAUCCAAGCGUCAGGUAGAGUAAACAACUUACGUUUGCGUGAUGGCCAUUCUAGGGAAGGGGAAGGGAGGGUGGGGAGACGUUUUCGGCCGCUUCAGCAUUCCCGACCUGUCUUUAAGCCUGCCAGUAAGUCUGCAGGGUAUGGCAAGUGUACACGCAGAUUCUCGUUUCCUACUCUCUAAAUAGAAACGCCUAAUUUUUUCUUGGCACGCAACUGAUUACUCGUUCACUAAGGAGCUAUUUCACUUGACGUCGCGGCGGCCACAUUGGCGUUCCAAAACAAUGAAAUCGCGGCCAUGUUGGUGUAACAAGGAAAUCCUCUGGGAGUUGAAAUUUUCUUCUUUUGUUCCGAUAAAUUAUCAGAAAUGCUGGCCACGUAAUUGAAAACGUCCCAUAGGAUGACACGGACAAACGAGAUUAUUUGCAAUCCAACAGUUCAGUUUGCACGCGGUGCAAGCGGCACAGAACUUCCCCUACCAGCAGAGGGAGACAACAUGUAUAAACAUUUCAGAAAUUUCCACUCCAUUCAGUAGCUGCGAGCCAGCUAGAUUGCUUAGAGCGCGUAUUACUAGUCUCUAAGAACUACCAGAAGCAUAUAACCGACCAUCAACCUGCUACUGAGACUACUCACAAUACCAUCCCAUAUCAUUUCCUGUCGUAAACGAUCUUCUAUUUGCUUUUGAUUGUAACAUCCCUGAGAAGCCGCGUAGUUUUACUGGAAUGAGCUUUGCCUUGUUGUUAAUUGAUGCUAGUUCUCUAUCAAAGUUGUAAACGAAACACUUUUUUCCCGUUUUAGUGAGGGCACAGGAACGGUCUUCGAAAAUAACUGUCUUUCACUCAACAAUGAUUUCUUGUUUCAGAUUGGUCUCCUUCGUAAACUCGAAAAGCAGGACGGUAAACCGCUCAAGGAAAAUUAUCGUCCACCAAUGCCACUCAAUGACCGAACCGUCAAGGCUAGUUUCAACGCCACUUCUGUUGCAACUAAUCCGCCGCCAGCUGCCGGCUCCACUACCAUGCCAACAGGAGGCGCAUCUGUCAGCAGGAUGACCGCUGGCCUGUUUUUGUCAAUGUUGUUGAUCCUCUUCACUUUGCAGUAGUUUAAAUUCUUAGGGUACUUUUGAGUCAGCUGAGCGGUCUUGUUUUGAUCAUCUAAAGAAGGGAACAUGAGCUAUGGGAAACAUGAAGCUUCAGUCAUCACUCGAACAUGAAAAACAUUCAACCCAACAGGUCAACACAAUAGGUCAUUUCUGAAUUAUCUCUAGCGUCUUUUUCAAAGUAAGUCAAGAAGUCCAACCCUUCAUACGUUAUUUUUUACUUCAGACCUCCCUUUAAGAGAGCUGGUUUAGCGUAUAAUUAAAUAUGUCUCGCAAAGCCUCGUGAAACUUGAGGACGAUAAACAGCUGAGGACCGCCCAAGCUAAGUCCUUUAGGGCGGGGUUAGAAACUGGAUGGGUGACCAGCCGCGAAUAAGUCAAAAUUCACUACGCCUUCCAGUUAUGGGAUAUAGUCAGCGCCAGCUGCGGAGUCUUACAACGGAGAACAUAGUGGGAAACCAGCAUGAGAAAGGGCCUCAGAGACAAGCCUUCAAAAAAUUUGGCUCUUUGCUUAAAAACGCUUUUAGAAUUAAACGGAGUACUCGGGCUGCAUGUUUUUCAUAACUCGUGGGACAAUAGGAAAUAGAC